UUGAUUAUCUAGACGGUUAAAGGGUGCCUUGUGAUGUGAAGAUCUUUGCCUCUCGCUCACAAUGGGAAGCUCGUCGAAGGAAGAGACGGCGAGUGAUGGAGAUACGGCGAGCGGUGGCGCCUCACCGUCCAACGACGGCAGACUCUUCUCGGAAGGCGAACGUGUUCUCGCCUACCAUGGUCCUCGCGUCUACGGAGCCAAGGUUCAAAAGGUCGAGCUUCGGAAAAAGGAGUGGAAAUACUUUGUUCACUAUCUUGGUUGGAACAAAAAUUGGGAUGAAUGGGUUAGCGCGGAUAGGUUGUUGAAACAUACUGAGGAGAACCUUGUGAAACAGAAAGCUCUAGACAAGAAGCAAGGAGUAGAAAAAGGUACCAAGUCUGGGCGUUCGGCUCAGACAAAAACUAGAAGCUCUGCAGACACAAAGGCUGAUAAAGAUGACACAAAGACCAAUGCUGCAAAAGGGAAGAAACGAAAGCACGAUUCAGGCAAUGAGAAGGAUAACGUAUCGGCGGAGAAGCUAAUGAAGAUCCAAAUUCCCGCAACACUUAAAAAGCAGCUCAUUGACGACUGGGAGUAUAUUGCGCAGAAGGACAAGGUUGUGAAACUUCCUCGUUCACCUAAUGUCGAUGAGAUAUUGGCCAAGUACCUCGAAUUCAAAACCAAGAAGGAUGGAAUGAUAACUGAUUCGGUCGCUGAAAUUUUGAAAGGCAUAAGGAGUUAUUUCGACAAGGCAUUACCAGUGAUGCUCUUAUAUAAGAAAGAGCGGCGACAAUACCAAGAAUCAAUUGUGGAUGAUACUUCACCUUCAACUGUUUAUGGCGCCGAGCAUUUGCUCCGUCUCUUUGUGAAGUUACCGGAGCUUCUUUCAUAUGUAAACAUGGAAGAAGAAACAUGGAGUCGCAUGCAGCAAACAUUAUCAGACUUCCUCAAGUUUAUUCAGAAGAAUCAGAACACUUUCUUGCUACCAUCAGCAUAUGAUUCUGAUAAGGUUUCAGAUGGUAAAGGCAAAGGAAAAGACGAUUGACAGAGUGACAGCUCCAGGAAAAAAAAUUGUUGUAAUUUUAGAAUUCCUUCAUUUUUCUGAUGAAUUCAUAAUUGUAAGGUACAUUUUCAGAUAUUUGUAGCUGAAUAUGAAUAUUUUUACAGGCCUUUUAAGUUAACGAUUUGGUUCAUGUAA